UGGCCAGACGGAGUUGAUUGAGGUCUGACUGACAGUCAGAGACUCCAGCACAUUGUGGUGGGCUGCCCGCACGACAGGAGCCCUCCGACAGCACGCUUUCUCUCUCUCCUCCCUCGCCCCUGAGGCAGAUUAACACAAGCUGAUGAUGAGCCUAACAGUGUGAAGGAUACAGGAUACUGCUACAGGCUUCUACGCUUAUGCUGUCUGUGUAGCACCUGACGACGGAGCACAUCGGAGUAGCUUGGAGUACACGCUGGAUAUACUUGGUCAGGUGUCUUUGAUUAUUGGACUACCUGGUUUGAUAACGAGGAUUUGUAUUUGCUUCAGAUGAAACAAUGGACAGAAGAUGAUACAGACCUGAUGUAAGGACGAACCUCAAGGACUGGCAUCACAUUGUCAUCACAUGACAGUAUACUACUGGAACAUGCGAACAGCCGAUAUGUGACCGAUAUCGGGUGUGUGCCGUCACCUGCAUGCAUAAUGACCUUGACCUUGUGGGAGUACUGUCGCCAAACAUAGGAUAUGGCCGAGUUACUCGCCACCGUCUUCACCAUCGUUACUCACGGAGUCCUGCUCUUCUUCAGCCUGCUGUUUACACCAGAUCUGUGUGUGAUGAGUGCCACACCAGGUGAACCAGCCUUUCUGCCCACCCCUCGCAACAUCACCGUCAUGGUCGGCCAACUGGCAAAACUGCCCUGUCGGAUUGAAAACCUGGGAUCUAAAGAUGUUGUGUGGCGUCACCAAGGGGCAGACCACUUCUUGACAAUCGGUAAACUGACGUGGGUGAAGGACCCAAAUGUUAUUUCAGAGCAUCGAAGAAUUUCUUUCCAAGUCAGUGAUUGGAAUUUGUUGAUAAAGAAUGCACAGAAGGACCGCACAGGAAUAUACGAGUGCCAGAUAGCAGCCACAAAAAAAUAUGUACGAGAAGUGUACCUGGUUGUUAUAGAUCCCCCAGCAAGAAAGCCAGAUAUCUUCUUGCAAGGGUCGAACUAUGUGCCUAUGGGAGGCGAGAUCAGGCUGUUAUGCAACAUCUCAGGCAGGCUAAACGCACGGGGCAUCGACUGGUUCAAAGAUGGUGACAAGAUCACGGGCGAGAGGUACAGGAACUACAUCAUCACCCGCUUCUGGACCGUGGAGGACCGCUCCCUCUACAGCGAGCUCAUCGUUGACAACAGCCAGCCCCACGACUCGGGGAUGUUCAUGUGUCGGGGAUCCGAGAACGAAAUCAGCAGUCAGUCAGUCACGGUUAGAGUAGGUGGGUCAUCGAAUGUUAACAAACGAGAGCAUGGCCCUGAGCGGGAGCAUGAGCAACUGCAGACACAGCCUCACUACAGUGAGUACGACUCUGGUCACCUUCAGACAGAUGAGACAAGGUCAAGUUCUGCACAAGGUUCUUCUGUUGUCUCUGGUCCGUGGCUGGUCAGUGUGGUGAUUGUGACUGUAGUCCUAUUGCAACACUGGAGGACUUGAACUAGGCAGCAACAUGCACAUACACUGUAGCAGAGCUUGUAGCCUCCGGUAUACAUAUGAGAAACAGAGCACAAGGAUCCUUGAUACCGCACUGACAAAUUGGUUCUCAAACAAUAGACAUCUGGGAGUUGGUAGGGAGGUAGCACCUGUGAGUGUAAGAAACUACCACCGUCAGUGUGAAAAACUACCACCCGUGAGUGUGAGAAACAGUGUUGUCUGGAUGUCAGAAUUGUCCUCAUCCUUGAAGCAGAAAUAAGAAUGCAGUCAUCCUGAUCAAGGUGUGCCCGAGAAUCAAGAAUAUUUUCCUGAAAACUGAUGUAAGAUUCGUAAGCAAGGAGAAUUAAUACAUAAGGUCAAUGUUCCAUAUAAGAUCCAACAGUAUGUACUUGUGCUAAUGGGUUAAUGUGCUAAUGUGCUAAAGCCAUAUGGAACUACAGCAGCAGCAUUGUGGAGAAGAUCAUUUUAGUAACUUAUGUCUGCAUCUGGCUGGCGUCAGUGUUUCCUGCAGAGUGUCAGUGAGGCAGUCGGUUAACAAAGCUUCACUGGCCAUGCAGGCAAUUAAACAUUUAAUACCCCUAUACUUCACCUGGUUCCAGGGCAAGAUGGUUAAGUGACUUGUUCUGUACUUGGUUGUAAAUACUACAGAGUGUGAAUCAGAAAGAACAGGAUCAAUGUAUCCCGAAAUUGUUACUCAAAGCAAAAAUCCAUUAUGGUUUGGCAUUAAUUUCUACAGCUGUUGUCGAACAAAUUCUGAAAACGAAAGAACAUAAUAAAACCUAUGCUGGACAGACUUACAAGCAGAAUGUUAUGCAGUCAUAAAGACACAUGUCCAAGCAGUCUAUGCAGUCGGAGUAUAUGAGGUGUGAAAAGAAAUCCAUUUGUUCUGAUUAAACAAAGUCUGCAAAAUUAAAUGUUUAAGAACAGGAGAAAUGCUGUAUGUAUUGGCUGAUAUGCCAGAUAAUCAAGAGUAGCUCCUGUCUAGCCUGAUCUGUGCCUAUUCAUGUGGUAGUGACAUGGAAAGAUGACAUCUCACAUUAGUUUUUGUGAAGUUACAAGAUGUCCUCCACAAACAGCAGACGUGGGCUGCAAUGUCCCAAAUACUUGUAUGGAGUUAUCAAGGAGCUCACUGAAGGCAAACACCAUCACCACCCUACUAGUCAUGUGUGACUGACUUAGGACUAGUUCAUGCGACAACAAUCUCCAUUACUGCUGAUAGACAUCCUCCGCUAGCUGUAGUCUGCAUAUCACAAACCAACCCCAAACUAACCCCAAACUAUGACCACCACUGCCGUUAUCAUGUUACCAAGUAUUGUGGACUGGUCAGAAAUCGUUUGAAACCUUAAGCAUUGAUGUUCGAGACAUAGAUUCUGCCUGUUAUGGCUGGUGAGUGACAGUCAGCAUUAAGAUAUGUUCCAGCAGGACAACGAUGGACAGAUAAGACGACAUCCUCCUGUAGUUUUGUCAUGCCAUUGCCAUUUUACAUGAUCAGACUGUUUUCCAGUCAAACUUGGAGUAAGGAGUCAUCCUUUCAGACACUUGUUGCUUGACUGAUGUUGUCCGGUGGAGAGAGGACACCAUGUGGACGCCAAAAAGCAUCCUUGAGCUUUUGAGCAUUUCUUGCCCAGCCCUUGUGACAUUGAUGCAGAUUGUGUAUGAUAUUAAACAUUUUGUAUAAAUUGUACAGACUGUUACCUUCACACAUGGGACAUCGUUUUCAUGCCUCUAGCCACACCAAUGCCAUGUGAUACCCUACUACUGUGUCUCCCUUACCUGGUUGAUUUCCGUGUCUCUAGUGCUUGGGGUUGGUUUCUUAAUAGCUGUUGUCAAUACAGAGGAACAAAAUUUAUGUCAGACUUUGUCAAAAUGUAAAGACUGUUUUAUUUAACACAAAGGGGAAAUGUAUGCUGUUGUUGCCUUCAACUGUAACAGCCUAAGAUCUUAGUGUACAUCAGGAUUAAACUGUUAAAAAGGGUUAAGACGAACACAGAAAGUGGCCCUCCAUUUUGAGAACCUUUGCUUUAGAUGUCAAACAUUUUUUACACAAUAUGAUUGAUCUUUGUUUUGCUAACAUAUUGUUUAUUGUGAGGAGUAUUUGAGAUAAAAAAAAGUUGGUAAAUGUUAGUUGUUAAAAACAUUUAAAUGCAUCUUCAGUUCAGGAGAAGACUGUAGAUUUUAUGAGAGCUUCAGUAAGUAUGAACGUCCAGCAGAAUGUGGAAAGCAACUGCCUAUACGUAAGGAAAAGCCGAAGUAUUUGUUCGUAUUGAAACGGGAACUGAUAUAUUUUGUGUUCUGGUUUUAAUGUGUAAGAACGUUUGUGUGAUAUAAUAGCACUUAUAUUGAAUUGUACAUUACUAAUGCAGCACGACAGCCUUCUAGAGCGAAAUGUUCAACUAUUGAAAAUACCUGGUGCAGUCCAUGAGCACCUACCCGAUGUGUAACUGUAUCAUCACUGCACUCAUAACGCUCUGCAAUCAUCACCUGCAUCUCUCAGCUUGUACAUCAUCAUCAUCGAAGUGAAAUGUCUGUUUUCACAGUGUACCAGAAGUGAUCUUGAUGAGUUUUCUUUGAAUUAGCAGUGAUUACCAUUAUUAAAAUAAUAUAGUAAUUCCUGUUACAUUUAGGUUUGGAAGAGGGGCAGCGUGUUACUAGCGUACAUAGCUAACAAGAGACUAGUCAUGAAGGUAUGAAACAAGACUAACAUUUUGUUGUGUAGAAUUGCGUUGAAUUUGUAUUAAAUAACAACCUGCAUUGUUUCAUUUCAUCGAGGGAAGAUCUAGGAACAGAUUAUAUACAUGUAAAUCCAAAUUAAAACAGGCUUAUACAUUUAGUAUUACAUGUAUCUUGGCUUGUUUUUGCAUUUGCAAGUUGCAAGUCACAUUGUCACAUGACAGCAAAAAGUGCCCAGUACAUCACAACGGAAGGUGGCAUGUGUUCAAACACUUCUACAGUGUAAGAUUCGCACUCAAUGUAAGAUUAAUUCUUAACGUGUUAUAGAUCAUGAAGUGUCCACAUUGUGUUCCACCAUUGCCGGGACUGACGCUAUCUCUGCACAUCCUUAACAGCAGUAUCUUUAUACCACUUGCAUUGAUCGUUGAUGACAUUGUGGAGAAAGAAGUCAAAGAAUGAACAUUUCAAAACUGAAAGCAUUGUUCUUGUUUUUUAUUUAAUAAGCCUUGGAUCAUUUUUUCUCAUCUUUUGUUAUACAUACAAUAUCAGGAUGUUUGAUGCAUGGUAAAAUGUCAGCACGUCAGCAAAUGGUUUGUAUUUGGUACAGUAUCUACUUAAAUAUUUCCAAAUUGGACUGAUCCAGCUAUCUUGUUUUCAGAAUUUAACAAAAUAUUUUACCCUUUGUAUACAUUUGAUAUUUUCCAUUGUAUUAUCUGAUGUUUAUGUCAAUCUAGUUUGUCAUCUUAUGCACACCACAGUUAAGUUCUGAUACACUCUGACCUCCAGUCUUUUAAGAUCAUACCCAUGCUAAUCCCUGAUGCCUCAUUGCACAUGUUGGUGAUGAACCAUGUCAGGGUUCAUGACAUACUGGUCCUAUGUUGUCAGGGUUCAUGGCAUACUGGCCUUAUGUUGUCAUGUUUCAUGACAUACUGGCCUUAUGUUGUCAUGUUUCAUGACAUACUGGUCCUAUAUUGUCAAGGUUCAUGACAUACUGGUCCUAUAUUGUCAAGGUUCAUGACAUACUGGCCUUAUGUUGUCAUGUUUCAUGACAUACUGGUCCUUUGUUGUCAGGGUUCAUGACAUACUGGCCUUAUGUUGUCAUGGUUCAUGACAUACUGGCCUUAUGUUGUCAUGUUUCAUGACAUACUGGUCCUAUAUUGUCAAGGUUCAUGAGAUACUGGCCUUAUGUUGUCAGGGUUCGUGACAUACUGGCCUUAUGUUGUCAUGGUUCAUGACAUACUGGCCUUAUGUUUUCAUGGUUCAUGACACACUGGACCUAUGUUGUCAUGGUUCAUGACAUACUGGCCUUAUGUUGUAAUGGUUCAUGACAUACUGGCCUUAUGUUGUCAUGGUACAUGACAUACUGGCCUUAUGUUGCCAUGGUUCAUGACACACUGGCCUUAUGUUGUCAUGGUACAUGACAUACUGGCCUUAUGUUGUCAUGGUUCAUGUCAUACUGGCCUUAUGUUGUCAUGGUUCAUGACAUACUGGCCUUAUGUUGUCAUGGUUCAUGACAUACUGGCCUUAUGUUGUCAUAUGGUUCAUGUCAUACUGGCCUUAUGUUGUAAUGGUUCAUGACAUACUGGCCUUAUGUUGUCAUGGUUCAUGACAUACUGGCCUUAUGUUGUCAUGGUUCAUGACAUACUGGCCUUAUGUUGUAAUGGUUCAUGACAUACUGGCCUUAUGUUGUAAUGGUUCAUGACAUACUGGCCUUAUGUUGUCAUGGUUCAAGACAUACUGGCCUUAUGUUGUCAUGGUUCAAGACAUACUGGCCUUAUGUUGUCAUGGUUCAUGACAUGCUGGCCUUAUGUUGUAAGGGUACAGUGAGACACAGCUGUGUGUUUGUUGUUUAACACCACACUCAGCAAUCUUCCAGCUAUAUGAUGGUGUUCUGUAAAUAAUCGAGUGUGGACCAGAAAAUCCAGUGAUUGAUAUCAUGAGCAUCAAUCACAGGUCCUUUGACACACAGGUCCUUUGAUGUCAGGUUGCAGGGACACAGGCACUAUGUUGUCCGAGGACGUGGACACAGUUUCAGACUGGCCACUGCUAACAGCUGUUCUUCCUUGGCUUCCUUGCCCUCAACAUCCAACCUAUGCAGCUCUUGACACUAACUUAGUAGGGUGUCUCUCAGGAUAAUGUAGGGACCUAUUCAGAUAAAAAAAACAAAACUGUGGAGGGUUCUAGACGAGAACAUCAGUAACUGGAAUGAGUGUCUUAGUAAUUAAUAGAAAGUGUACUGUCAGUAAAUCCUCUGUUUUCAUGUGUAUAACUCACUCCUUUCUACUAGAUGCAGAUGUCAGUGAUCAGUUGUGUUCCGGAUAGUCCAUGCACAAUAAACCUAGCCAGCUGAGCUCAGGAGCAAUAACAGUAUCUUCCAGAAUGAAGUGAUUUAGUUUCAACUUAAUUUGUUUGUAGUGCCUUUAGUCAUACUAACUUGUGAAUACUAAAACUCCUUCAAACAGCAGUUCAGGACAGAAAUGUAGUUAAAAUCAUCAGCACUUGAUGGUUUCGAAGAAACAAUAGCCCAUUGACAUGGGUGGUUGUUAAUCUUUGACAUCCUCCAGGGAAACUUAUUGAAGCAUCAACUACCACUUGCAGCCCUUGGUGCACAUCUCGUGUCACAUCUGGUGUCACAUCUGGCGUCACAUCUGGUGUCACAUCUGGUGUCACAUCUGGUGUCACAUCUGGUGUCAAACAUGCAGCAAAUAUAGUGUCAAGCCUUGUGUCAAGCGUGGUGACACCAAGAUGGGAUUGGUGUCUUGUCUAACUGUAUUGUUGAAGAAUGGUUGCACUGUUGAUGCUUAAUGUUGUUGCAACUCAUGGAGGCUGGUUGCAUUCUCUUGGGGGUUUAGCCACAUUGAGGCUGGUUGCACUGUCAAGGCUGGUUGCACUGUCAAGGCUGGUUGCACUGUCAAGGCUGGUUGCACAGUCUAUAUGGUGGCUGCCCUACAUUGAGGCUGGUUGCACUCUGUCAAGGCUGGUUGCACUGUCAAGGCUGGUUGCACAGUCUGUGUGUUUGUUGCACCACAUUGUGGCUGGUUGCACUCUGUCAAGGCUGGCAGCACUCUGUCAAGGCUGGUUGCACUGUCAAGGCUGGUUGCACAGUCUGUGUGUUGGUUGCACAACAUUGUGGCUGGUUGCACUCUGUCAAGGCUGGUUGCACCACAUUGAGGCUGGUUGCACUCUGUCAAGGCUGGUUGUACUCUGUCAAGGCUGGUUGCACAGUCUGCAUGUUGGUUGCACCACAUUGUGGCUGGUUGCACUCUGUCAAGGCUGGUUGCACCACAUUGUGGCUGGUUGCACUCUGUCAAGGCUGGUUGCACAGUCUGUGUGUUGUUUGCACCACAUUGAGGCUGGUUGCACUCUGUCAAGGCUGGUUGUACUCUGUCAAGGCUGGUUGCACUGGUUGCACUCAGUCAAGGCUGGUUGCAAGGUGGCAGUUAUGUAGAGGCCAGUUGUACAGUUGAUGCCGGUUGCACCAUUUCGAGACUGGUUGCACUUUCACAUAUACUGUACUGCAUCCAACAUGUCUGUAACUUCCUGGUGUACAUAUCUCUAGCAGUUGUAUUUUCUAUACUGCUGCAUUAUUUAUAUGAUGUAUCCAUGUACCAUGCAUUUGUAAGUAUGUAAUGAGCAAAGAUGAAAUGAAUAUACAUGUAAAAAAACUGAA